AUGAAUCAGCCAGAAAUAUCAAAUAGAGAAAACAAUUUAGAUGCCAAAAAAUUGAUAGAAUUAUUCUAGGAAUACGAAUAAGACUAUAGCGAAUUAAAAGAUAAGGAUAUAAUCUUAUUAGCAGGACCUACUGGAAGCGGAAAGAGUACUACUGCUAACUAUCUUUUAGGUUAUGAAAUGUUUUUUGAAAAGAUUGAAAUAGAGAAAGAAGUAGAUGGUGAAAUCUAUUAAAGUGAAACUGAAGUUUUUAAUUCAAAUGGAAUAUUUGAAAUUGGGCACUCUGGAAAAUCACAUACUUCAACACUGUAAAAAGCUCAUUUACAAGGUAAUUAUUUUUUGUGCGAUUCUCCUGGAUUUUUUGAUAAUCGUGGUACUGAAAUCGAAAUCGCUAAUGCAUAUUCUUUAAAGUAAUUUAUGUUGAAUUGCAAUAGUGUGAAAAUGGUUGUUUUGAUAAGCUUUUUUGAAUUAGAGGCUCGAAGAGGAGCAUUAUUUUAAGAGAUAUUUAAACUUGUAACUAGAAUUCUUUAAAACCCAGAGUAAGAGUAAUUUGAAAAGAUAAUAUUUCUAUUUACUAAGGUUCCUAAUGAUAAAAGCUUUAAAACUAUUAAUAGUAAGAUUCUAGAUUUUCUUGAUAUUAUGAAAAACUAAGAAGAAGAUAGGGAAUCAUUUACAAUGAAAACCUUUUUGAAAGUUAUUUUAAAUUAACUUAAAAUCAAUAGUAAUUUAGUAAUUGUAAAUCCUGCUGAUGGAAAUCAUAGGUUAUUACUUUAAAAGAUCCUUAGCCAUUAAUCUUUCAGUAAUCCUGCUGAAGAAUUUUGCUUUAGUGUUUCAGAAAAUGCAAAUUAAUAGAUAAAGUUAUACACAGAGGAGACGAGCAAAAUUAUAUUAAAAUAAUAAUAAUAUGGAAAGUAUAUGGAAGUAAAGAAUAGAAUGGUUGAAUUCAAGUAAAUAAGGGACUAUACAGGGAAUGAAUUUUUGUUAUAUUCAUAUCAAGAUUUAUCGAAAGAAAUUGUAAGAAUCUUUGAAAAAUAAAAAAACUAGGCUUUUAACACUUUUAAGGAAGCUUCUGAAUAAAGCAACAUAUUUUCCUCCCAAAAUAUUAAAGAAAUACUAGAUAUUAUUUCAUAUUUAUAAAUGAUUGAUGAAUUUAAAGCUGAAGUUUUUGAAUAAGGCUAAUUUAAAACUAGCGAAAAUCAAUUCAAAUAAGAGAUUGAACAAGUUUGCUUUGAGAUAAGUAAAAGGAUAACUGAAGAUUUCCCUUAAAACAUCGAAAAUGUUAAGAAUAAUCUAUAAAAAUUAAAAGAUUUUUCAGAUUAAACUUCUUUAGGUUUGUAAAUAUAUAAGUAAACCUAAAAUGAAAUAAGGGAUAAAUAUUUGUUAGAAAUAGAAGACUUGAAAUAAUUGUCUGAAAGAUUUUACAUAAGGACAUAAUAAUUAGAGGUUAACUCAAUCAAAGAUAGUGUAACCAAUAUAGCUUAGAAAAUUGGCUUUAUAAAAUUAAUUGAAAAAUUCCUCAAAGCUUUUAUCUUAAAUGAAGGCGAAAAUUUUUACGAAACUAUAGUUCAGUUACAUAAGCAAAAAAAUAAUGGGCUGUUAUCAAAUCUAAAGUUAAUAAUUGCCGAUAUUACUGAAGAGAUUUAAAAAUAACCCUCUAUGGAUGACUCUGAGAUUGUUUUUAAUCCUUAAUUAGAGUGCCUGCCAAAUUUUGAAAUUAGCAUACUCAAAAUAUAAAACUAGAAUAGCAAAUAUUCUGAAUAUAUUCCAGACUGCGAGAUUUUAUAUAAUGAAGCUCUUUUACAUUUAAAAGAAUUUAAUUAACAAGUAUUUAAUUUUAUCAAAGAAAAUUCUUAAGAAGAUUUUCAUUUGCAUAAACUAUAAAAUAUCUUAAAAAUAUUAGACGAAAUCAGAAAUCAAGAUGAUUUGAUUUAAGGUAAAACUGCUGACGAAUAUAGAUAAAUCAAGGAUGAAAUAAAACAAAAAAUUAAUAAAAAGGCUCGUGAAGCUAAAAAAAUUUUAAAUUAAUAUUUAUAGGAAAUUGAAGAAGAAGAAAACAACUGUGACGAAGAAGAAGAUGAAGAUGAUAUUAAUUCAAUAAAAUCAAAUGAUUUAGUAAAAAACUUUAAAUUAAAGUAAUAAAAUGACUUUAAGUAGUUGUUGAAGGCAUACAAUUUUCUUAGUGAUAUGCAUUGGACAGAUUAAUAUUUUUAAACAAAAUUUACAUAAACUAGCAUAAAUAAACUAGAAGUAAAGUUAAAUAAAUAUUUAGAGUAGUGCAAGUAGAAUGUUUUUAACUUGAUCAAAAAUGAUAAAUUCUGUUAAAUAAAAAAAGUCUUUUUAAGAAUAAGUUGCAUUAGUGUUUUUAAAGAUGUAGUUAAAAACUAUGAAGGACAAUAUCAGAUGUGUGUAGAUUCAGUGAAGAAAAAAGUAUCAGAGUUGAAUGAACAAAUAAAAAAAUUUAUUAGUUGUAAGAGAGGAGAUAAUAUAUUUAAUAGUGAAGGCUGGGAAAAAUUAAAUUAAUAUAUAUUGCUUUUGUCUAAGAUUGAGACUUUAGACAAGAUUGCUGAUGUCAAGGGAGAUUCUAAUUCUUCACUAAUUGAAAUCAAGUGUUUAAUCUAGACAUAUUUUGAAGAAAAUUUCCAAUUAAUAAAGAAUUUAUCAAGAGCUAAAGUUAACCCAAAUGACGAAGAUUUCACAAUUUAAUCUAAUUUUGUUAAACAAGCGAAAUUAAUAAAUAUAGAAUAUCAAUAUAUUAAGUCGCUUUUAAAAAGAUUCUCUUUUGAAUAACUUAUGGCUUUGGUUUAAAACGUUUACGAUGAGAUGGUCACUGAUUACAUUUCUAAGAAAGAAUAUAUUGAGAAUCUUUAAGAGAUUUAAGGGAGCUAUGAUAGAAUUAACAGAUUUAUCUAAAGCAUGAGUGAAUUUGAUUUCUUAAAAGAGAAAUUUAAAAGUUUGCCUAGACCAAAAGAGACUAUAUAGUAGGUAUUUAAGAACCUUGAAAAUUUGAUAAAAAAUGAAGAUUUUUAGAACCUAGAUUCAGAAAUAUACUUAUUGAGCCAACUUAAAAGCGAUACUGAUAAAUAAGCUUUAGAUAAAUCAUUUUAAAAAAUAUACGACAAGCUCUAUAAUGAAAUAUAAUAAGUAAAGAGUUAUUUUUAUUUUAAAUAAAAUGGAGGUUUCUCUGAGAAUAUUAGAAAAAAUCUGAAGAUUGUAUCUGAAAUAUUAAGAGUGCUCGAGAAAUAUAAGAAUCAGCUUUACUAAUAAUCUCGUAAUGAAUUAAAUAUUUUUUUGAAUAUCUUUAGGUAAAAUUACAUAAAGUCUUAAAAGUAAAUGAUUUUUAGUAAAAUAAAACAACUAAAAUUCUAAGAAAUGGAAUAGUAAUACGAAUAAUUAAUGUAAACUUUUACUGGCUUGAGUGAAUUUAAAUACAUUUUCUAAUAAGAUGAUUGGAAUACUUUUAGCUCAGAAAUUUAAAACAUAAAAGAGGAAAUUUCAAAGUCUAUUUUAAAUCUUCAUCAUCUUUCGAAAGAGUUAAUAUAUCUUUUAAAUUUGCUUUAAGGACUAAAUGAAGCUUAGAAGCACCCUUCAGAUUUUUCAGAGACAUUUUAACAAGAAUUACAAAAUUCCCAAUAAGAAAUUAAGUUAGUAUUUAAUAAUUAUGAAACGAGCAUUAGAAAUAAAAUAAAAAAUAAGGAUAGCUUUAUUAAAACUGACUUAAAAGUUUUGAAAAAUUUUGCUUAGAAAGCAGAAAAUAUUGAAUAAUUGAAUUAUUGUGAUUUUUAAGUUAAACUAUUUUAAAUUGAAGAAGAAAUAUAUGAAGAAUCAAAUAAGAAUUAUUAAGAAAUUUAAAAUUUAUUGGUUAAAAAGGAUUAUGACUAGGCUAAAAAACAGCUUCUACAAAUUAAGUAGGCAAAUGAGCAGUUUUUCGAUAGAAUAAUAAAAAAUAUGUAAAUUAUGAUAUCCAAAGCUACAGAUUAAAUUAAAGACCAAUUCCCCUUUAUAGAAGUUUCAUGCUUCUAGAAUACUUUUUUAACUGCCUUAAACAACCUGAAAAUAAUAAAACACUUUGUAAAUUAAGAUGAGUAUCUUCAACAUGAAACAACAAUUACUAAACUUAUUACUCAUAUAUUUACAUAAUCAAGGAAGUUCUUUGAGGAAUGCGAUAAAAUUCUGAUCUACAAUGAUCAAUCGUUUACAUAUUAAAAUUUAAUAAAUCUAUUUAAACAUCACUCAUUUUUUGAAGUAAUUCAAAGAGAGACGGUUUAAGGAGCAGAGUAAGCAAAGCCUUUAUAAGAUCUUUUUAAAAGUAUUUUAGUUAAAGUAAAAGAAGGACUAUUAAAAGUAAAAUAGGCUCAACAAUUAAUUAAAGAGAAAAUGUAAGUUGAUCAAGCCUUAAAUAAAAAUUGGAAAAAAUUCAAUGCUCUUAAUCAAAUCCUAAAGGACUCACCUUAAUUGUUUGAAUAAUCUGAAGAACUUAAAAAAAUAAAAGAAAUUGGUCUUCAAAUUUUGAAUGACGAUUAACUAGUAAAGGAAAUUUAAAAAAAUGUUGAAAGCAACGAUUAAGCUUUUUAAACUGCAUUGGAAAAUUGCAAUUUCUAAAGAGUUAAAGAGAUCAUUUUUAGCAUAAGGAAAUACUCUUAAAUAAAUUAAGAAUUUAAUACUGAAUUCAUCGACAUUAAUUCCAUGCUAAAAAAAAUUGAGUAAAAGGUUAAUCAAAUAGUGCAAGAAGCACUAAAUAUAGUGAAAGCUAGUAUUAUUUAUGACUAAAAAAUGAAUGAUUUAAUGAAUAUGAUUUAUAAUGCAGAUGAGCAUUUGAAAAGCAUAGAUUAAUAUCCUUAUGAACCUUAAAUCUAAAUAGUUUUAAAAGAGCUUACUAAUAAAUUAGAUCAAGAAAUCUCUGAUCUUCCUAAAUAGAGCUUUAUGUAUUAAUCAAACCUAAAAGAAUUAAGCCAAUUUUUAAUUAGCUUACAAAAAAUUUCUGAUUAAGUGAGUAAAUUCACUUAAAUUGUUGAUAAAAAGUUAUUUGAAGCUUUUGAAAUCAUAAUGUAAACUUUGGGAGAAGAUGUAAUAUUUGAAUUAGGUAAUAUUCUAAAGCAAGAUGCUUCUGGGGCUCAGAUUGUGAGCAAAAUACCUUAGUUUUAUUCUUACAGGAUUGAUACAUUUAAUGAAUAAGUAGGUAAACAUGACAUCAAUUAUAUUCUUGACAAAUUGUAAUAAUCUGAAAGAGGAGAAGUCAAAUAACCUUUAGAUGCUAAAUUAAAGCUUGAACUAAAAUAGUAUUAUGAAACUUACUUAAAAAAAUAUGAAUAAACAAUUGAUAAAUAUAAAUACAUUAAGAAUAAAUGGGAAGAAAUUGUAGACUGUGUAAAAUUACUAUCUAAAUAAAUAAAUCUUCCAAAUAAAAAAGUAUGGGAGGAGAAGAAUACAAUUCUACAUUUGCUUGCUCAAAUUUGUGCGUACUGGACUCUAAUUGAUAGCGGAGAAUAAAAGUAAGGCAAAAAAGAUAUCUUUAAAAAACCAAACCAUACUCAAAUAAUUAGCAUUAUAAUGCUUUUAGGAAUUCAUAGAGAAAUUGGAUUAUGGCAAGGAGUUAAAAAUUACUUUUCAAGAGGCAGCUAAAUUUAAUUUAAAAAUUAAUUGAUUGAGAUUUUGACUGGAGAAGGAAAAUCAAUCACAUUAGGAUUUUGCUCUUUAACACUUGCCUUGUUGGGUUGUGAGGUUGAUGUAGUUUGCUAUAGUUCCUACCUUUCAGAGAGAGAUGAUAAAGACUUUCGUAAGCUCUUUAACUUAUUUGGAGUUUCUGACAAAAUCAAAUAUGGAACUUUUAAAUAAUAAGCAGAAAGAUACCUAGAAAGCUAUUUAGAUGUUAGGCAAAAUACCUUAAAUAUAAUAAAUUAAAGCAGGUAAAAUGAUAACAGAAAUCCUUUACAAAAUACUAUCAAUAAUAAAAUAUUGUUAAUUGAUGAAGUAGAUAUCUUUUUCAAUCUAGAUUAUUAUGGAAAAACUUACAAUCCUUCAGUAAGUUUUUAGACUUAAGAAAUAGUAAAUAUAAUUAAGGAAAUUUGGAAUUAGAGAGGAAAAUAAGAAUCAAGCAUUAUUACGAAUAUUUUAUAAAGUAGUAGCUAUAAACAAUUAAUCAACAAAUAUCCAGCAUAUGAAAAACUUUUCUAAAGACAUAUUAAAUAACUUGCUGGAGAUGUGAAUAAUGUAUAAUAGCAUAAAAAAAAUAAAAACUAUGUAGUUAGAAAUAAUUAAAUUGGGUAUAGAUAAAACGAUUCAACAAUUUCUUUCAGUACAUGUUAUAAUUACUUAACUCUUUUUGCAUAUUUCCUUGAAAAUUCUAAUGGAAAUAUAGAUAACUAGGCACUUUAAAAAGAAAUUUCAUUAAAUAUUGAAUGCGGAAAUAUUUCUUAUGCACUAUUACCAGAUACUUAUUCAGCUAUAUUAGGGGUAACCGGUACUCUUUAAUCUUUAAAUUAACAAAUGAAACAGUGUCUCAAAAAGUAUAAAUUCUCAACAGAAAUUUAUAUCCCUUCAAUGUUUGGAAAUUCCAAGCUAGAUUUUAGAGAAGGAGAUAUGGUAAAAGUAGAAAUAGAUUUAGAAAACUAAUAUUUGAAAAUUCAGGAGAUCUCUUUCUCAGCAAUUAAAUAAUAAUAAUCUGUGCUCAUAUUCUUUAAAGAUAGUUAAUCUUUAUUAUAAUAUCAUGAAAGCAAUUAUUUAUGCUUUUCUAAAGAAAAGUACAUUGUAGUUACUGAUCAUGAAAGUAGUGAAGAUUUUAAUUUUUUAAUUCAAAAAGUGACUAGGUCAGGUCAAAUUGGACUUUUUGUUAGAGAAUAUGGGAGAGGAACAGAUUUUAUUUCAUUAGAUCCUAAUGUAAAUAAUUCAGAUGGUGUAGUAGUCAUCUAAACAUUUCUUUCAGAUAACAAAACAGAAGAAAUCCAAAUCAAAGGAAGAACUGCAAGGCAAGGCUAAAAAGGAUAAUAUUACUUAAUCUUAAAUCAAUAAGAUUUAAUAAAAGAUUUUGGAUUGUAAGAUUAUCAAAUUUAGUAAUGGAAAAAUAAUUAAAUUAAUAAGUCUUUUUAUGCUAAUCUUAAUGAAGUAAGAAAUGCUAAAGAAAAUAAAAUGUAUGCAAAUAUUGAAAAUAAUAUAAUGUAAGCUGCUAAUUUGCACUAAAAAAGUAUUGAAUAUAUUUAGAAUAUUAAAAAUUAAAAAUACAAUUAAGCUAUUAGCUAUAUUAAUGAUAACUGUUGA